AUGCUGAUGCACGGCGAGCUCUCAACCGUUACGCUGGAAGUCGCCUGGUGCAUAAUCUUGCCCGUCAUUCUCGCAGCCACUUUGAUGACAAACUUACUGACCGGCUGCAGUUCGUUGCGCCUCGGGCCGAUCGAAUACCCGGUGUACGCCUGCUACAUAGGCUGGAGCCUCAUCAUGCUGGGGGCGCUCCAGCUGCCCCUCUGGGCAGUCGUGUCGGCUUUUAAAAACCCCAGCAAGUUGGAACAGUGCCUGGUGCCCUGCUUCUACAACGAAUACAACGUCAACUCUUACUCAGCGUCGGAACCCGCUCCCACACAAGUCAACCCUCACCGUUUCUUACAAAAAUAUAAUUCGCAUCUUCUUGGAGAGAACUAG